AUGUCAACGCCCUUUUACCUUAUGAACAACGGUCUGGCAACUGGUUCUGGAAAACAGUUGGAGAUGGCCAGUUUCUGGCGUGCCAUGGCUACUGUGUUGCAUAUUCCAAUUUCGGGAGGACUAUUGCAUAUCUCCAGGGGCAAAAUUAAGGAAAUGGCAGAGCAUCUCUCCUUGGGAACGUUGACUGAUUUUGCCUUAGGCGUGAAUACCGGGAUCGCUGGCCCUCUUGUCUGUAUCUGGAAAGCAACUUACAAGCUCAAGAGUAUCACAUAUACGUAG